AAUCAUAUCACAGCACGUUCUUGCCGUAUGAAGUCUCCUUACCCCAAAGGACUCUAUCCUAUUCCAGCUGAGCGAGGUCUAGCCGCCACACGGGGGGGUACCCAAGCACCUAGUACAUUAUCAAAGUGAAGAACGUCCGUAAAAACCAGCUUCUCAAUGGCUGUUUUUAGAAAAAUUUGGAGGCAAAAGAAGGUACUUUUUUUGGUGGGAUGUACUGUGAUAUUACUAGGCGUCUCUGACGUUGGAAAAAGUAUAUUUCCCUUCACUCAGAUGUUACAACCCAAAAGAGCAACUGAAGAAAAUAGAGAACCCAUUUUAAAAAUGUUUGUCCGUCAGAUGGAGAGACAUCCGCAGCCUGACCCGUGGUAUGUCAUGCAGUUUGUUGGAAAUGGACCGAGCUGGAAAACUCAAGAAUGGAACGAAAGCGAACCAUCAUAUAUCCUGAGGGAACACAGCGGAUGGCUGGACACUUGGCAACAAAUUUCACCUCAGUUGUUUUUGUAUUCGGCUUAUUGGGAUGACCGUGAUUGGGUUCAGAAUGCACCUCUUGUUCGCAUCUUCGCUGCCAGUUCCACACAGCCAAACGAAUUACUUACGGAUCUAACAAGAGCAGAAUGUUUGAUGAGAUACGAACACCGAGAACUUGGUCAUCUAGUAGUGCGCAAAGUCAAUGCCACUUAUGCCAAAGUCACUAAAGACAACUCUACUGAGCAGGGGUACGAAUUCAUCUGUAAAGAUCCUCUGGGAGGAGAAGAGAGUCCAUCAGAUGUUACCUUGACAACAAACAAGCAGGAUGAAUCUCAGGAGAACACUUGGAUCAAAGUUCAUCAAUUUCAGGCAUCUGUGACACAGACUUCAGAAGAACCCACCUUUGGCGUUUGUGUCAAACCAUUGACUUCAGAAUUAUCCAAGGUUCCUAAUGUAGCAUGGCAGAUCGCCGACUUUAUUGCCUAUUAUCAAGUGCUCGGUGCCUCAAAGUUUACCUUUUACGACGAUGGUUGUCCAGCCUCGGUCAGAAGGAUAAUCUAUGAUCUUUCAAACGAGGGUCUGCCUGUCCAGCUCUUGCCAUGGAGUGUCGACUUGAAGGAUCUGAAGCUAACUUGGAGAAGUUACUCGGACAACGUCGUUAUGAGUGCCCAGGACUGUGUUUAUAGGAAUAUGUAUAAACAACAAUACACUCUUGUGGUUGGUGUAGACCAAUUUGUUGUUCCUCGAAGCAACUCCUCCCUCAGUGGCUUAAUCCAGGAUCUAUCUCAAGCAGUCGAGGGUUAUUUUGCCGAUGUUCGAUUUGCGCAUGCUCUGUUCUGCACAAACUAUCCCGACAAAGCUGUUAGAGAAGUCCAGUUCCCGUUGUUGUCCCACAAAAAGACUUACAGACGUCAAAUUUCUGAAGCCUAUCAGGGGUCUCAAUACCUGGCUAAGACCGAGGCAGUGGAAUGGGCAGGUGCCAACGUCGUCAGCAAAAGAAAGAUUCUCACUCCAGUGAAGUGGGUGGCGACUGAUGUUGCUCUUCUGCAUCAAUACGCGGAGGCACAGGGACCGUCUUUACAGUGCGGAAUCUUCAACGAAGACCAAAGCGCGAACUUAGUGGUAGAAGACAACCAGCUCCCUCUGGGUUAUGGAACGAACGUAACUAACUUAAUAAGUCAAUGGCAAAAAUACCUUAGUGUUACAAACGCCGCCUAAAAAUUGUAAUAAAAUAUCGUCUUUUUUCAACUCCAGGAAGUAACUUGUAAUAUCCGCCAUAUUCACUUACCGCAAACAGUGUAGUUUGUUCUCAUGUACUGUCAAUGUAAACGCCAGGGUCUUACUUCAUAUAAACUAUUAUCUGACAAAAAUAACCUGUGUGUGUGUGUGUGUGUGCCCGAUUAUAACUAUAGCGAACCGAUGGACCAAUUGUCCUCAAACCUAGCAUGUAACCUUAUGGCCCUCCCCCCCCCCCCCCCGGGAGUGACAUAGAGAGAUCGACAUCCCACCUACGUGUUCCUCAUGCAGAGUUACAGAUAUAGUAAAACUGUGUUCUAGUAUUUUUGGUCAUAGCACUAGAGUUGAGGAUGAACAAGAUCCAUUGGUCAAACUUUUGUUUCAGCAUUUUCGUUAUAGAAUGAAAGCGGGAAAACACUGGAGAAAUGUUGACCACAAAUCACCUUGGUUAACAUGUCGACAUUCGGUUAUAGCAGAAAACAAAAUUAUAAUAUUAGCAGAACAAUAAUGUUGACUGACUUUACAAAAGUUGAGCUUUCACGUGAAAACACACAGCUUGGUUGGCAAAGCGUGUAACAAAGUAUUAGUUAACGUUCAAGACAAUUUCAGUAACGUUUUUCCCGAUCCUGUUCGAACGUUAGUUCGUGUUUUCAAUAAUUCUUUUUUAUUUCUUUGUUCCAUAUUUCGUCUAAUCCUUAAACUUUCCCUGUUCAAACACAGCUUAAUAACUGUUAAACCAACCUGACUAUCCUUAAACUUUCCCUGUUCAAACACAGCUUAAUAACUGUUAAACCAACCUGACUAUCUUUAAACUUUCCCUGUUCAAACACAGCUUAAUAACUGUUAAACCAACCUGACUAUCCUUAAACUGUUCAAACACAGCUUAAUAACUGUUAAACUAACCUGACUAUCCUUAAACUUUCCCUCUUCAAACACAGCUUAAUAACUGUUAAACUAACCUGACUAUCCUUAAACUUUCCCUCUUCAAGCACAGCUUAAUAACUGUUAAACCAACCUGACUAUCCUUAAACUUUCCCUGUUCAAACACAGCUUAAUAACUGUUAAACCAACCUGACUAUCCUUAAACUUUCCCUGUUCAAACACAGCUUAAUAACUGUUAAAGCAACCUGACUAUCCUUAAACUUUCCCUCUUCAAACACAGCUUAAUAACUAUUAAACCAACCUGACUAUCCUUAAACUUUCCCUCUUCAAACACAGCUUAAUAACUGUUAAAAACAACCUGACUAUCCUUAAACUUUCCCUCUUCAAACACAGCUUAAUAACUGUUAAAAACAACCUGACUAUCCUUAAACUUUCCCUGUUCAAAUACAGCUUAAUAACCGUUAAACCAACCUGACUAGUGUCGUAACUGUUAAACAACAAUAAUAAUAGUUAAAACCAAACUGACUAGUGUCGUACCUGUUAAACAACAAUAAUAACAGCUAAACUAAUCUGAUUAAUGUCGUAACUGUCGAACAACAAUAACAGCUGUUAAAACUAAACUGA